AAUCAACUAGUAACUGCAAUGUGAGCUGCGAAAUGAGUACGUCGCAAACUUCGGUCCGAUAUUCGUGAUCCAUACGCGGGUUUUGUUGUUGUUUUUUGACCACCUGUGGAUUUCGUCCCGAAAGUUGAGCAAGGGAGAAUCGGAUGAGAGUUUCUAGCGAUCAUCUACGAAAUUUUUGAAGUCUCUUCGAACCUUUUACACGUAUUCUUUCGCCGCGAAAUCGUGAUUGGAUUUUUGUCCUUCUAUUUAUUUUUCUUUUCCUUAAUGAGUGUGUAACUUUGCAAGUGCGUCGCACAAAUUGUCUCAAAACGUUUUCACUGAUCCUGCUUGUGUGUUGUGGUGUGACCCAUCCGUUUUAUUUUCUGGAAAAGAAUAAAGUGAAUAUCUGUGUUCUAUUCCAAACCGAAAUGUAUAUGCGGCGUUUAGAGCAUGUUUUUCAUCCACCUAGUGCGUAUAUAAGUAUCUCGGUUACGUAACGGCUUCUGGAUUGAAAACAAAGUAAUGUGAUCGUCGCUGAAUUUACCUAGUCCACAUAGUUCAACUUUCGUUUUUUGCUCAAUCGUUGAUUUAGUGUUUAUUCUUUUUUGUUUGUUGAAUUCUAUUUUUACCUUUUGGAUUAUUUAACAAGACUUCGUCAAAAGCAUGGUGGUGCAAUUUUUUGGAACUGUUGACUAUAAUCGCUGUUCAAGUUUAAUGAACAAAAUUGACCAUUGAUAUCUCCAUGUGAUAACUAUCUACCAAGUGGACAAAAUAAUAUCGCUGAUUGAUUGAUUUAUUCUUAUUUUCGUUCUCCCACCCAAGUCUUCAAAGUGGAUUACCACGGACUUCAUAACAUGGAUCCGCUGGACAUAGAUCCGAACUUCGAGCCCCAGACGAGGGCUCGGUCCAAUACAUGGCCUUUGCCUCGACCAGACAACUUCACAGAACAGGAUGGAGAGGAGAAAGGGGUUCUGCCUGUCCAUUUGCAGGGUCACAACAUGACAGGGGGCCUUGACCCUACCCCAAAAAAGAAUUCCUCUCGGCGGAAUGCUUGGGGGAACAUGUCCUAUGCGGAUCUCAUCACACAGGCCAUACAAAGUUCGCAAGAAAAGCGAUUGACUUUAGCUCAGAUAUAUGAGUGGAUGGUGCAGAACGUCGCCUACUUUAAAGACAAAGGGGAUAGCAACAGUUCUGCAGGAUGGAAGAAUUCAAUCCGUCACAAUCUGUCCCUCCACAACCGCUUCAUGCGCGUCCAGAAUGAGGGCACGGGCAAGAGCUCUUGGUGGAUGAUCAAUCCCGACGCCAAACCGGGCAAGGCAGCUCGCCGCAGGGCCACCAGCAUGGAGACACAGAAGUACGAGAAAAAGCGUGGCCGCGUCAAGAAGAAGGUGGAAGCCCUCCGCAAUGGGGCUACACCAAGCCCGAGCUCUUCCGUCUCCGAGGGACAGGACCUCUUUCCGGACAGCCCCGUGCACCACGGAUUCCAGCUGAGCCCAGAUUUCCGUCCCAGGGCAUCCUCCAACGCCAGCUCAUGCGGAGGCGGUAGGCUUUCGCCUAUACCUGCGGUCGAGUCGGACAUGCACGAUGGGGACCUGCCCCCACUGUCACCCAUCCCUUGGAACUCGGAGUUACCUCACAUGACUUAUGAGCCGAAUGCUGCAUCGACUGGCAGUGCCAUGGACAGGUUCACCACUGACCAUCUGGUCAAAUCUCUGGCAGAGUCGAUGAAAUUGCGCAACGGAACGGGCGGGGAUCCUGAUGGCGGUUUUGCCCAUCUCACUGACUGCGCCGUGAAGCCAAUCUCCAAUGGACGACCCCCACAACAGCAGCUAGGAUCGGGCGGGAGCUAUACUCUUGCUUAUUCUCCUCAAUAUGGCAGCAAUGGAAGUGUGGGGCGCACGGCACCGGAGUACCAUCCACCUUCCUACCAGCAACAGGCUAGUCCUGAUCCACUUGGUGCUAUGGCCAAGAGGCCUUCUCCACCUCAGCAACAGGUAAUUGAGACAGGUAAUGGUAGGUUUUUGACCCGCCUCCAAAGCAUUGGCAGCAACCAUCCACACACGAUGUCUGCCUCUUCACAAAUGGAUGGAAUGUAUCACAGACAGGUAUCCUUCAUGGACAGUGUGGAGCCCAUAAUGAGAAGUGCACCCCAGCAACUUCCACAGCAGCAACCACCACCACAGCAACAAUCUAUGUACAAAGAAAUAAAAGAGGAGCGAUUGUCACCACUUCUUGCUGCAUGUUCUGCCCCGCAACAAAAUCCUAUACCCUCGUAUCAUCAGCACAUGAUGAACCACCAACAACAGCAGCCGCCGCCCCAUCACCAGCAACAGCAUGCCACAUCUUUGGUUAAUACAGCAAGUCAUGUGAGCAGUCACCUCAUGUAUAAUCCUUUUCCACAGGAUCUGGACUUCGAGCCACUCCCCGGUGGCCUAGAGUGUGACGUGGAUCAGGUGAUUCGUCAUGAACUCAGUGUGGAUGGUAACCUGGACUUCAACUUUGAUCCAUCGGCCAUGAAUGGAUCAUCGGCGAACUCGCAGCACCACCAGGCUGCAAUCACCACUACAAGAUCAUGGGUGCAUUGAAAAGGGCAAUGUAUCUCUCUGAGAGGUGACGUUGGAUAGACCUUUGGGUUUUGUAGAGGAUAUAUUGACAAAUAAAAGGAAAUGGUAUGCAGACACUUACCAUUCCUUCAUCGGGUUACCAGAAGAAAUUACUGAAAUGUUAAGAAUCUCAUUUUCGUGUUGUGGGCUAUUUUUAAGAUACAUGCGUUGAGGAUUCCGCCUAAAUUUUGCUUACUUGGAUGGUAUUGAUUUUUACCAUUGUUGAUGUUGCUAGUCUUUUAAUGAUCUUUAGUACUUUUAAGAAACAGAGUUUUGCAUCUUUAAUGCUUUAUGGUGAAAUAAUAUAAAGAAUGAUUAAUUAAAUAAACUGCUUAAAAAGAAAGGCAGUCCAUAAUUUCUAAUAUACCGAGAGACAAAAAUGAUCAAUUCCAUAAUAGGAUGUUCUAAACUAUUUUAAAAUUUUAAUCAUUCUAUAAUCUUUAAAUUGGUAAGUAUAAAAAGAGGGAUUAUUUGAAAAAAAAAAAAAAAAAAAAAGAAGUAGAAUCCUUUCAUUCUUUAAUGGAUAUUUUAUCAUUCGUUUAAAUUUAGUGAUCGCUUUUUGAAGUUCUGUAUUUAUGAGACACUGAUGUCUUAAAAUAGUUCACGAUUGAAUAAAAUUCUUAACAUUUCAUCUUUUCUAAAUGGAUGUUUUGUGUUUUAAACUGUUUACUACAUUUUAUUUGAAGAAGGGGUUCUUUUAUGUUUCAGAGGAGAAUAUGUCAUAAUAACUAAAUAGAGAGGAAAAUAUUUAACAGUGUGUGCACUUUUUUUUUGCCAUAUUUCAAAACAUUAGUUUUUUGUUUUCAUUUUGUAUUUUAUCACUUUGAGAGAGGGCAGACAGCUCUCAACAACUUGGGACAUAUCCCAAAGACUUUGUAGGAAGAACAUUUCUCUUACUCCCCCCUGCGUGGAUGGACAUUUUCCUUUGCAGUGUUUGUGUUUACCAAGGAAAGAAAAUGUACAAAAUAUUUUUUUGUUUUUCCUUUUUUUUUUCUUCUUCUCUCUCUCUCUCUCUCUUUCUUUCCCUCUAGUUGUUGUUAUAGCACAUAAAAGUGCAGUUUUUCAAAAGACUAUAUUCAUAUAUUUACGACUGAAAAUUUUGCUGAAGCUUAAAUGUUUUCAUGAGUAAACUGCUGUUUUGUAAAUAUAUAUAAAUAUAAAAUAAAUAUAUCUAUAUCUGUCUAUAUAUAUAUAUGUAUGUAUGUAUGAAACUACAAACUGGUUAUGUAGAAAAAGUAAGAUAGCCCCCCUUCCCCCCGCCCAUUAUUUGGAAUCAUAGCUCAAGUUUUCCAAGAAACAAUGCCACUUACUUUUAUCAUCUGUUUUGCAGUGCAGACAAAGUGUGUUUUUUUCCUAGUAAGCUAGUUUGAACUAUUAUACUUGUGUAGAAUGUUAGUGAAAAAUUUAAAUAGUGGAAAACGCUUUUUUCUCCCUCUUCUAGUAAUUUUGGCAUAUCUCUAAUAGUCAGAUAUCUGGUAGAUCCAACCAUAAUGUUUUGAUUUGUGAUGCAUUUCAAAUUUUGUUUUUAAAUAAUAAUAUAUUGAGGUUUUAUAAAAAGGAAAUUUAUAUUACUAGAGCUUUACUGUACUGAAAGAAAUUACUGAAUUUUACACAAGUCAUGCUCUUGUCAGAUCUUGUCUGUCCACAAUUAGUUUUAUUAGCUGAAUUUUUAAUUUAUGUAUCUUUUUAAAUCCAUUGUGAUUGAAAUUUGCUAAGCAGAUAUUUAAUUUCACAAACAGACUAAGAUUGGGACUGUUAAUGUGAUUUGUUUUUAUAUCAUUUAUUAAUUAAGCAUUUGUCAUAUUUAUAAUUCUUACAAACCUACACAGAAAUUUAUUGGGAACAGUGGUUGUUAGCAUAGAAUAUUUUCAAUUUUCGAGAAACUUCAAAAUAUUAAUAAAAAGAUAUUGAUUUUAAAGUACAGUUUUUAAGGAGCUAUUAAUAAAGCAGUUGUUUUCUGAUGUUAAAAAUUUUUAAAGCAUUUUAAAUCCUUGCAUUGAAGAAAGUUUUAACUUUGCAAUUAGUCUUUGCCGUGGUGCGAACAUUUCAAAUGUGAUAUGCAUAAAAACUUUCUUUAAUCCAAAAAUCUACAACAUCUUAUAUCAUUCUUAUUUAACAUUACAUAAAUUGUUUCAAAUGUCCAAUAGUUAUAUGUUAGUUAUUUCUCCCAUAAACAUUCAAAUGGUUGCUUAUUAAAUAGUUAUAUUUUUGGGCUGUAAUUUUACACAAGUGAUUUAUAAUAGAAUGUUGGCAAGCUAGUAAGGAAAAAAAAUGACGUUACGUUAUGAACUUUUCUUUAUUUUUAUAUGUGCCAUAACUUUUAAGCAGGCUGGAAAUUGGUGGCAAUAUGUUAGUUUGUUAUUACAGCGAUGUCAGUUGGUAGAAAAUUAAAACUGAUGUUUCAACAAUAGUUUAGUAAAAGCUUAGCCCUACUUCUUAAAUGUUUAUAAUAUAUAUAUAUAACAUUAUUCCCCUGAUAUAAUUUAUAAGGGAAUGUAUUGUUCUUAUUAUAUAAAUUAAACAAAACAUAUUGAAAAAUUGCAAAUUUUUUAACAUUUUUUUAUUUGUUAUGGAAAGCAUUUUAAUCCUAACAAUUUUUUUCUUAAUAAAAUAGACAAUAAAAAUUGGAAUAAAAAAUUAUUAAUAUUUUCUGAUAUUCUAUAGUUUUAAUUAAAUUAAAUGGCUUUUACAUACCCUGAAUAUUUGUCACUCUUAUCUACCUGUUGUUUAGACAAUUUAGUUAAAUUUUGGUUUUAAUUCAAAUAUCUCAUUUUUAAAACACCUAAAAAUUAAAAAUAAAUAACUGAAACGUUGCUAUAAAUUUCCAAAAGAAAUAUUUAAAAAAUAUGUAUUUUAUUUCAUAUAAAUAUCAUUAUUUCCAACAUUUUUGCAAAUGCAGUAAGUAAAUGCAUUUUUUUUCAGUACAAUAAUAAAUUUAUUAAAAAUUAUAUAUUUCCUCAAUUGAAAUAAGUUUAUUAUUACCAUAAAAAAUGUAUUCUACUUUUUUGUUGUUGUUGUUGAAAUUGAUUUAAUAAUGAGUGACAAUUUUUCAGGGAUAACAUUUUUUUUACAAAUAUUUUACAUUUGAUUUUUUUAAUAAUAUUCUGCUUACUUAUAUUAUGAUAAAAAUCUGAUUUUUUAAAAUUAUUAUUUAAGUUCCAUUAUGUGUUUUUUUUUCUAAUGUUUUUAUGUCAGCAUCAUUUUAUUGAGCAUUAUUGUGCUUUUUUAUUUCCCCCUGUUUCAGUAAAGAUGUUAGGUUUAGCAAUUUUUAACCAUGAGACAUUAGUUAACAUUCAGCAUAUUUAAAUACACAUUUAUUUCACUAUUCCAAUCAUAUGUGCCUAAUCUAACUAUUUAUGGAAAAAAUUACAAAUUGUGAUUUCGAAUUGGAUCGUCAUUGUUUUACGGUCCAUACAAGGUGCUAUAUCAUAUGAAUGCUAUAUUGAUAUAAAGUAAAAUGUAUUAAUAAUUUUAGAACUAGAUGUAUAAUAUUUUUGGGCUAACCAGAAAGAAAAAAAAGAGUGCUAUUUCCUAAUGAGUUGAAAUUGUCAAUCAAAAAAAAAAUCCCAUUCGUCAUGCUUUUGUUCAUUGUUCAGUGAUGAGAAUUUUUUUCAUUGUUAUGUUGUCUUACUUUUAGAGCAGAUUAUCUCGAAUGUUUUACGGCAGUUACUUUGUGUUUUAUUUUUUAGAAGCGUGAAUAUCAAAAAAAAAAAAAAAAUCCAGUAUAUGUGUAGGGUGCAAUUUUUUCUCUUUAUUAUUUAAAUCAAAAGAAAAAAGUAGCAAUACAAAAUCAAAAGUUGUUGAUUUGUGAACAGCUCCUGAGUUGGCUGAAAUCAAAAUAUAAGUUUUUAAUAAAAUGCAUCCUGUCUCUGUUAUCUAUAGAAUCUAAGAGGUUUAUUGUACUUGCAUGUUGAUGUAGAGCUAUUUGAUGUAAUAUUUCAUGUGAGCUUGUUUUAUUCUACUCAAAUCAACGUCCACACUCGGUUUGUUUUCAUGUGACGUUAAAUCGCCUGCACUCGAUUCCGUGGCGCGGACUUGAAUCCCCUGUUCGAAGAGAUGGAGUGUGUGUUAUGUCUCGAAUACAAAGAUUUUAUUUAUACGCUAAGUCACGCCAAUUUAAAGUCACUUAAAAACGAACCGCUUGAAGCGUAUGCAUAUCGUACAUAUUAUGUUUUGGUGCAACUUCAUGUGACUUAAAAUUGUGUACUGCGAAGAACUAAUAGGGUAGACUGAACUUGCUCUUCAGAUGAUGUGGUGGCCGUGUACGUGCGAUACUCUGCUGUACGUUUUUGUUGAUUAUUCAUCUUAUUCUGAGUGAAUACAAUCAAAAUUUAUUUCAUUAUGUAUCUUUUAUCUAAUCAAAAAAAAAAAAAAAAAAAAAAAGAAACCACUAUUUAAGAAGUAAUGGAUUUAUUAGAUUGUUAUUGAAAUAAACUAUAUUUGUUUUAUUAAUGAAGGCUUCAUUACUCUUUAAGUAUUCGUUAACGUUAUAAUUGAAUUAACUAUUUAUUAAAUAAUAAAUUGCUGUUAUUAAAUCAGAUAUUUAAUAUUUUUAGUAAGUAUAUUUUUUGCAUUUUAAAAAUUUACUUUAAUAUAAUACGUAAAUAAAAUCAAAAUUCCAUUUUUAAUUACGUUUUUUUUAUAAAUAUUAUAUCUAAUUUUCAAUGAAUUUUGUACCAUAAUAUUUCUAGAUAUUAAUUGCAGACAACGCAACAACUAUUUAUAAUAAUCUAAUUAUUAUUGAUUAACUAUAUGUAUUAAAAGGCAUGAAAUGUGUUUAUUAUUAAAUAAAAGUUUAAUGAUAUUCACGAAAAAAGAAGUUUAUUUUAAUUUUAAAACACGCACAAAAUAUUAUUUACAAAAUUACAACUCGCACAUCUGCCAAAGUCAUCUAAAGAAAGAGCAUACCCAUAUAAAUCAUUCUGAGUGCGGUCCUGUACGCAUGAAACUGAUGAAAAACUUUGGAGAAUGAGCUUUAUAUUGUAAAAUAAAAUAGAGUAAAGACGAAGAUACUAGAACCCGUAACGCCACAGAUGGAUAGUUUAGAUAUAAUGCGUUACGGUGUGGAUUAUCACAACGGGGAUGUAGAUAUUAUAUUUUGAACAGUGUAUUUUCGGAUUUAAAGAUACUGAGAUGCGAAUGAGAGACAUAUUAUAAGAGUAUUUAAAAGUUGUGUGUCCUAUAAGAAUUUGAACGUGCUGCCUGCAACAAGCUCCCAAAGGGAAAUUCGUGCUGUGUGUGUUUUUGAAAAAUUAAUGGCUUCUUUGAGGAAGAGAUUUGUAAAAUUAUUAUGAGACAUAUAUAUAUAUUCUAAAAAUACGAGUGGUUCAUACAAAAACACAUGUAAAAGAGUAUUGUGGAUUCUUUUUUUCUUUUGAAAUAUGAAGCUUUUACAUUUUAGUGUGACUCCAUGUUAUUGUUGUUUAUUGUCCUUCGCCAAAUUAUGAAGCACACAUUCACAUUGUCAUUCAUGUCAAAGUGAUUAAAAUGUUUUGUGAAGAGUUA